AUGGCGAGACGAGUAGAUGUCACCAAGCGAUCCUCUGCUACUAGGCCCGCAAUAUCACUCGAUGACGGGGUUCCUCCCCCAGAACAAAGCGGGAUCGACCUCCUUCCGAAACCACUUCCGUCUUCUGAGCAGCAAGAUGCUCGUAAUAGGACUCGUUCGAGGGAUUGGGCUGACAAGGUUAUCGUUGUGGGAGAAUCCAGCGUGGGAAAGACGAACCUUAUAAUGAAAUAUUGCUCAGGGGGCUAUUCAGAAGACUUCAAGUCCACCAUCGGUGUCGACUUCUUCUGGCAGAAGUACAAGCACCGAGACUAUGAGUUUACGCUGAACAUAUGGGAUACGGCUGGUCAAGAGCGUUUUCGUGCAAUUUCCUCCACGUAUUAUCGAGGUGCUCAUGCUUGUAUACUGGCUUUCGAUCUAGGCGAUCCUAACACUUUUCAAAAGAUGAAAAGGUGGGCUGGUGAUGUCAUUAAGCACAACCAGGGUCAACAAGUGCUGUUCUUUCUGGUUGGCUGCAAGGCGGACAUGUUUCACGCGGUGAAACACGAACAGGGGCUGAAGAUGGCACAGGAAUUAAACGCAGAAUACUUUGAAGUCAGUGCUAAAUCAGGUGACAACGUCCCAUGGUUGUUCAACCGAGUAGCUUAUGUUCUGUUGCAGUACAAGAUCCAAGCAUGCAUGCAGCCGCCACAACCUUUUUCAUCAACUUUCAAGAGCAAGGUGGCUCCUAUAGGAGGAGGAAAAGGAAUUGGAAGUCCCAGUGCUGGAAAGGGAACAGAGAAUUGGAAGGAGAAACACAAUGGCAAGGUGCUUUCUCUCAAGGGGGCAGAUCAUAACAAAAAGAUUGCAAGAGGCCCACUAUUUAAAUGCUAG